AUGGAUCAUUGGUGUGCGGUGCCAGAGCUUGCUCAUCUAAACGAGACCAUGCAAAAGUUAAUAUCAAUCCCUGAAACUGAAAACUCACUUGGUGAUACCGUUUAUGCCAAAUGUGAGAUGUAUAAUUAUAACUACAGCGCUGUAGAUUGGGGAGAUGUUAACGUAAUUAAUGGAUGGACGCGGGAUAUUAAUGCUACAAAGACAAAAUGCAAAAAUGGUUGGCAGUAUAACAGGGACAAAUUCGAAUCAACAGUUGUUAGUGAAUACAAUCUUGUAUGCGAAAAAGACUGGAUGUUCACGUUACCUGCCACAUUUCAGAUGGUUGGUCUUUUCUUUGGAGCCUUUCUAUCGGGAGCUAUUUCGGAUAGAUUCGGCCGAAAGCGAGCCUCGCUUGGACUUCUUGUUCUCUCACUCGGGAGUAUCAUUGGAGGGGCAUUCGCUGAGAACUUUUGGUUGUUUGUAGGAUUACGCAUGCUCUCGACGCUAUUUUCCAUAGGCGCCUAUACACCGCUUUGGGUUUUGACUGUUGAGAUGAUGCCACCUAAAUCCCGAUCACGUUGCCUCUUCUACUGCACGUUGUUACGAGUAAUGAGGGGUGUCACCGUCACAAUUGGGGCUUUCUACGUGCGGAACCACAAGCAGCUUCAGUUACUUUCGGCCGCUGUUGUCGUUCCAGGAUUUUUUUUAGUUUUUCUAAUGUUCGAGUCGCCUCGUUGGCUCAUCUCAAAAGGACGCCGAAAAGACGCCGAAGAGAUUGCCCGCAAAAUUGCAAAAAUCAACAAAGUUAAAGUGGACGAUGAGUUUUCUUUAAAUGAUAUGGUAGCUACGAAUGUUGACCAAAGUGAUAUGAAACAGGCGACUAUCGUUGAUCUUUUUCGCACUCCGAUCAUUAGAAAGCAAACGCUACUGGUGUGGGUUCAAUGGUUUGCAAUUGUGUUUGGCACGUACGCGAUGUCGUUAAAUGUCGGAACAAUAAUUCCGGGGAAUAUAUACUUGAACAAUCUUUUGAUAGGAGGUCUUACAGAACUCCCUGCUGUGGUUUUACUGUGGUUAUCACUUAACUUCAUUGGCAGAAAGACGAUCCUUUCAUACUUUCUGAUUAUUAACGCUAUCUUUUCACUGGCUAUCAUUCCAUUAAUGAUGACAAAGAUCACCGGUCUAAUCACAGCUGCCGCUGUAUGUGGAACGAUAAUCAUAAACAUUGUGUUCAGGGUGAUAUAUUUAUACAGCAGUGAAAUCUUCCCGACCCCCGCAAGAAAUGUCGGUCUCGGGAGUGGAUCAAGCAUCGGAUGUAUCGGCGGUCUGAUAAGCCCUCAGAUUCCUCUAAUGGGGCGCAUAUGGUUUGGUCUUCCUUAUAUUGUACUAGGAUUCUUUCCUUUAGUGGCAGGAAUGCUGGCUUUUCUAUUACCAGAAACCAAAGGUAAACGUCUUCCAGAGACACUCGAAGAAUCGGAAAUAUUUGGCACAGCCCACUAUGAUGAAAUUGUGAACGUUGAAAAAAGCAACAAACGAGAAGACGACGGCGAAUGGCGUAUUUUCCAUUACAAAUACAGAUAA